CGUGACGAAACACGCAUUGUACUGACGAGCAAGGAAGCUUGAGAACUGUGUUGUUAGAGCGUUAAUCUUUCUUUGGUUUUGUGGGUCAUUUGUUUGCUUAAAAUGGGAAAAGCAGAUUUCUUAAGUCCUAAAGCGAUUGGGAACCGAAUUAAAGCCAAAGGCUUGCAGAAACUGCGCUGGUAUUGUCAGAUGUGUCAGAAACAGUGUAGAGAUGAAAAUGGGUUUAAGUGUCACUGCAUGUCUGAGUCUCAUCAGAGACAGCUGCUGUUAGCAUCAGAGAAUCCCAACCAGUUCAUGAGCUACUUCUCAGAGGAGUUUAAAAGUGACUUCUUAGAGCUGCUCAGAAGGCGUUUUGGAACCAAGCGAGUUCACAAUAACAUCAUAUACAAUGAGUAUAUUAGUAAUCGAGAACACGUCCACAUGAACUCUACACAGUGGGAGACCCUCACUGACUUCACCAAAUGGCUUGGGAGAGAAGGUUUCUGCAAAGUGGACGAGACACCCAAAGGCUGGUACAUCCAGUACAUUGACCGAGAUCCUGAGACGAUCCGCAGACAGGAAGAGCUGGAGAAGAAGAAGAAACAGGAUAUGGAUGAUGAAGAACGCAGUGCCAAGUUCAUCGAAGAACAAGUGCGCCGUGGUCGAGAGGGCAAGGAGCCAGAGGAGGAACCAGUGUUCACAGAACUGAAGAGAAAGAAUGAAGAGGAGAAAAUUGCUUUUAAUUUGGACAGUGCUUCAGCAGGACCCUCUAAAGUCAGCACUGCUCUGGGUCCUAGUGCGCUCAGAGUUACGGCCUCGGUCAAAAGGAAAGAGUCUUCUCACAGUUCAGACUCAAAAGACAAGAAGAAGAAAUCUGCCCUGGAUGAGAUAAUAGAGAUGGAGGAGCAAAAGAAGAAAUCCGUAAGGUCAGAUCACUGGCUUCGACCAAACAUCGUAGUGAAAGUGAUUACAAAGAAACUGGGAGAGAAGUAUUACAAGAAGAAAGCAGCCAUUCGGGAGGUGCAGGAUAAAUACACAGCUGUGGUGAGGAUGAUCAACUCUGGAGACAAACUCAAACUAGACCAAAGUCACUUGGAGACAGUCAUUCCAGCUCCUGGUAAGCGAGUGUUGAUCCUAAAUGGUCAAUAUAAAGACACUGAAGCUGUGCUGGAAGGCAUAAAUGAGCACAAAUUCUCCGCCACACUCAUAUUAGACUCGGGUCGGAUGAAAGGAAAGACAGUAGAAGGAAUUCCGUACGAGGACUUCUCCAAACUGGCCUGAUGUUCAUCCUCUCUCCAGAGCGACUCUACUGUGUCAGAGUGCAAUUUAGAUGAUUUACAUCUCACAUGUACAUAAUAAAGACUCUU